UCACUGUUUCAGGACAGAAGAGCACACCAGCGUAGGUAGAGCAUUUCAAAUGAAGUAAAAACAGUGUGAAACAGCAAGAAACAGAGAGGAAGCUUCAUAUGUGAAAGAGAAAAGACAUUUUACAGCAGAGCGUUGGGACUGUAAGGGCGACGGGAGACGGUGGCCAAGCCAGAGGGGAUGCUGUGAGGAAGAACGCCAAGUGAUGGAGAAAAAAGAAGGUGGCAGGCGGCCACAGCUGAUCAGAAUGGACGACCAAGACAGAGUGAGCCAAGCCUCCAGUGUGGCUACAAUUUCUUACUUUCCUGUCAUGAAGGAAAGUGAUGGAAAGGUGCAGACAUUUGGGAAAAGGUGUCAGGCUGCUAAAAGAGACCCUAACUGCCCUGUGGUCAUCAGGGGAUGGCUCAACAAAAAGGACAGCUCUGGCCUAAAGCUUUGGAAGAGAAGAUGGUUUGUCCUCUCCAACUACUGUUUGUAUUACUACAAAGACAGUAGAGAGGAGACCGUGUUGGGAAGCAUCCCACUUCCAAGCUACAAAAUCCUGUUCUGUACACCGCGAGAAUGCAAGAACAGGAAGUUUACAUUCAAGGUGGUGCACCAGGGAAUGCGAUCUUAUUUCUUCAGCGCUGACACUCAGGAAGACAUGUUGGGUUGGGUUCGAGCCCUUAGCCAAUCGGCUGCAAUGGAGCCAGACAGCGCCAUGAACAGGCGCUGCUCAAGUUAUCAAGAUUUCACACAGAUUGGUGGCAGCACUGAGUCCGUGGACAUCCCCAAAUCACCCACAGAAGAGGAGAGUCUGGCACAAAAACACAAGCAUGUUAGCAGGACCCUGAGCGAACCGAGUCAGCUCCUCGGCAGGAGGGUGGGGAGGUCACAGUCGGAGCACGGGGGGAGACUAGGUGUUCAUCGCAGAAACAGGAGCCCUUCAUACAGAACACCCAGCCCUCCUGAUUCAAGCAGAAGAACCGCUCCAAACAGGGAAGAGGACUCGAAUGAUGAAAACUCACCACAGGCAGCAAUGGUGGGGUCAGGCUCUUUGGGUUCGAGGGGACAGCUGGGCUCUCGACCUCAUACGCCAGUGGGAAGGGUCGACAUUCGACCCCAUGAUGAUCUGGUCACAGUGUAUUACACACCUGCCUCCCCUAAACUGGAGUUCAAGUCUGCUCCCAACACUCCAGUCACAGAAAGGUGGCAAAGCCUCAGUAAGCCUGCAGCCUUAUAUGGUUCUGUCCAUCACACACCAAGUGGGCGAAGACCUUUAGCAAAGAGCCACUCCUCAGGAGCAGAUUUACUGCCCCCUCUACCCCCUUCAUCGAGAGCUGCACAUGCGUCCAACCCCUCGAAACAUCACCACCAGCUGAACUGCAGCCAUGUGCCUCUUUCUGUGGUUCCGCCAGCGCUGGCUUCUAAAUCUGACCAGAGAGAUCUGCAACCGAUACGACCGCUUGAAAGUGAUGCAGAUGCCGUAUUAACACGUCUGUGUGGGUGUGACAAGCUGCUGCAGUCUCUGUCUGUGGAGCUCACUCAGCUACAGAUGGAUAAGGAUAGUGUCCAGUGUGCACUAGAAGUGUCCAGGCUCCAAGUGGAAGAAUGGAGGAACCAAGGGCCCCGGGCCCUUGAAGAAGCACUAACCCAGAAGGCUUUGUUACAAGAGGAGUUGGUCACAAUCCGGGCCAGAGUGUGUGAUGUGUCAUUGGAGAUGGAGCAUGUGUGGAGUCAAUAUGAGAGGAUGGAGAGUGAACUUUCUGUUAUCCGUUCACACCUUCAACACAUCUGUAACUUUGGAAUGCCACAGGAGCAGUGUCAGGCCCAGAGAGAGCUAUGGAUGAUGGAGGACAUCCUUGAUGGGCUGAAGGUCAACAGGGAUUAUUUCUGUUUCCUGCUGGGACUACAGACGCAUCACAUGUUCCAGUUUUUGGCUCCACAUCCUCCAUCCCCUGCUUAUCCCACAGAAGGGCUUCAGAUCGGACUGCCAAUGAAUUUGGAACAAGACCCACCAGUUCGUCCACCUUUACCCCAGGAGCUUCAAGACAGCCACCAAAGUCUGGACACGAGCCAUGUUUGGCCAGAGUCACCAUAUGAAGGAAUCUAUGAGCAUGCUGUUGAUCCUGUUGACAGAAGAGGAAACAGCCAGCCUGACCUCCUUAACGUGAAAGCACAGACAGAUGCAACUGAAUUUCAAUCUGUUUCAAAAUUGAUACCACCAGAUGCAGCCAACCAACCAACAAAGAGGAUGAAAAUGAAGAUGAGCGAGGCGGAGCAGAUUGAGAGGAUGAAGAGAAAUCAGGAGAGACUGUCUUAUAAGAGGAAACCUCCAGUGGUCGCUCAGGAUCCCCAGAAUCAGAGUUCAGAGACAAAGGAGGAGGCGCCAUUUCCCUUGAGGGUUACACGAGUUGUCACAGCUGUGCUGCCCUCCUCACUUGUGGCCAGAAGAGUUUCUGUCGAGGAUCCUCCAGCUGAGCUCGACACUCCGCUGCCUGAACAAAUCCUGCUGGAAACGCAGCAACGACCAGCUGAACAAAGCAACAAACUACUGAGAAAACCUGCCAGGCGGCUGCUUAUGGGGAGUCCUGAAUCAGACCAGGCCAUCACUGGGCUGCACCAGGAUCAACCUGCAAAAACGUCAAGCAGACAACAACAUCAAGCAGCAUCUAGGGGCUCCAAACUGGAGCCACUUAUAGAAGUGAGCAGAACUGAAGGAAUAGAGGCCUCAAGAAGUGAAGUUAAAGACCUAACAGGUUCAGGAAGUGGACAUGAAAGCUCAGACAUCAGGCCAGCUGAAGAGUCUUCAGCCCCUGACAUGGACCUGAAUCCCAGUCUGAGCUCUGAGCAGCGGGAAGCUAAGCUCCGGCGAGUGGAACGAAUACGAGAACGAGUGCUGAGAAGUGCAGCCAGAGAAAGUGCUACAGCAGCCAAUCAGCGUCCAAUCAGGGGAGAGAGGAAGUAUGUUCAUCAGUUUCCCUCUGACAAGGCUACAGAACGAAGACCGAAAGCAGGAAAUAAUGGCUGUCUGGAUAACUUUAGCAGAUCAGUAGAUCUUCAAGGUGGAACAUCUAAGUGUUGCGAUGAAAUAAAUGUUAACAAAUCAAAAAGUCAGGCCAAUUCUGAGAGCAGAGCACAGCACAGUGGGAGAGCAGGAGUCACCAACAAUAAAAACAAACGCUCACCUUCUCCAUAUCACAUCUCAUCCAUGACUGUUUACCAAAAAGAUGGAGGCAAAGGAUUUGUAGACUCCAACGAUGAAGAGCAAGUAAAGCCUGAAGAACGCACUGUAGAAGAUAAAGACGAAAGAUGCAAGUCUUCCCAUUUGAGAACUAAGUGGUUCCUGUCCACCAGCCAGUGGCAGGGGUUCAUCCCUUUACAGAUCCCUGCAUUAGAGCCACUGUCUACCGAGGAGAAUGAGGAAACCGACAACCAGCCAUGUUGUUCUGACGAUGUUAGUGACCUCAACGAAAUGUCAUCGACAGUGAGUCAAAGCUUGAAGAAAAUGAAUGAGAACCAUUCGCUCUUCUAUAAGAUCGCAUGUGACAUCAGCAUUUCUGACUCAGACAUAAAAAGUGACGAUCAAACUAUAUCAAGACCAGACGGGGAAGAAGAGCUGGUAAUUGAAGAAUCAGUGCAAAGAGGAAACGUUGGUACAGCAUCUGAUCAAGAGAGCAACGAUCUCAGUCAGCAUUUAAGUUUGGAUGAAAGUGGAACAAUGGCUGAGAACAAAUCCCUUGAGUUAACAAGUGAAAUCCAGGACAAGAUUAUGGUGGAUCCAGCGUCUGCUCCAAAGGAACUCAGUCCAGCAGACAAAUCAGGGCGAGAGGGUGAGGCAAAAGCCUUAGAAACUGUGGCCAGAGCUUGUGAUUUUGAUCAAACACUGGAUGGCCACACAAAGACAAAAGAGGAACACUGCAUGAUGAAAGAUUCAGAAGACCUAAAAGAAAACCAAGAGAGAUCUGAAGAAAUAAAGAAAUGUUCCAGUAUAAGUAAGGAGAACAGGAUGGACAAGGAAGAUCAGGGGAACAGAUACUCUGUCAGUGUAUCAAGCAGCGAGUGUGAUGGUGGAAGAAUAAUUCGGAGUGCAUCUUCUGGAAAGCCAAGAGUGACAGUAUUAAGGACAAGUUUGUAGAACGAAGAAAAGAGGCAGUUUAUUGGAUCUGAACUUGGAUCUGAAUUGUUUGAGUUUUUUCACAGUAUGUCCCGUUCAAACCACAGACUUCAUGGUAUUUUAUUUAGAUUUCUUGUGAUAGACCAAAACAAAAGAAGGUAUAAUUUUGAUUUUACAAGCCAAAUCUGUGUGGCAUGCAGUUGUAUUUAAUCCCCUUUGCUCUGAUACCCCUUGUAAAAUUCCAUGUAACCAAUGGCAUUCAGGGGUCAUCUUAUUAGUUUACAGAGCCCACAUGUGUGUAUGUCAAUCUUAGCAUAAAUGUGGCUGUUCUGUGAAGGCCUCAGAAGAUAGAGAUCAUUAGUGAACAAACAGCAUCAUGAAGACCAAGGAAAACAGCAGACUGGUCAGGGAGUAAGUUCUGGAGGUAUAAAACGGUAUGUCAAGUUUUGGAAUUUUGACCCCAGCGACCUAUGGUAACUCUGGAAAACCUGCAGAGAUCCACAGCUGAGAUGGGAGUACCUGUUUACAGGACAACAAAUCUGUCCUUUAUGGAAAAGUGGUGAAAAGAGACCCAUUAUUCAAAGAAAGCCAUACGCAGUCCAAUUUCCUUUUCAUCACAAGCCAGGGAGACAGCAAAUAUGUGGAAGAAAGUGCUCUAGUUGGAGGAGACCAAACAGACGUUAUGUGCCUCCAAACAAAAUGUUAUGAGUGACAAAAUAACUAACAAUACACAUCACCCUGAACACAUCAUCCACAGGGAAAACAUGGUGGAUGCAGCAUCAUGCUGUGGGAAUGGUUUUUCUUUAGCAGGGAUGGGGAAAUCCUGUUAGAGGCUGUAAAAGACUGGGAUGGACCCUCUAAACAUACAAUGAAUUGGUUUAGCCCAAAAAAUAUUCUUGUAUUAGAAUGGCCUAAUCAAAGUCCAAAGGAUCUUUGGCAAGACUUGAAAAUUGUUAACUCAUGCUUUUCAUCCAAUCUGACUGAGUUUGAGCUAUUUUGCAAAGAUGAAUUGAUACAAAUUUCUAAGACAGUUUGAAAAGCAUGUAUCCUUUUCCUUCCACUUCACUUUGUUUUAGUCUUGACGUAAAAAUCCAAUAAAACACACUGACGUCUGAGGUUGUAGAGUAACAUAAUGUGAGAAAGUUCAGGGCGUGUGAGGUGUGCAAGGUGCUGUAAACGCCUGUUGGAGAAUACCAGAAGAGAUGUUGACUGACUGCAGUAGAAUUUGUUAAAUGGGAACAUAUAACAGCAGAUUAACUCAUAACCAUCAAUACACUUGAAUUUGUUUUUCAUUUUAUAGAAUUUACAGGAUGACAUUUGUUAAAAUCUGUCAUCAGAAACAUUAUUUAUUCAAAUGAAAUUGUGUUCUUGCAACUAUAUAGGUGCAAUCAAAUAUCCUAUUUUAAUGCUAACACUUCCAUUCCUUUUAAUGUAUGCAUCUAAUAUGAACUGAAAUUACAUGGUUAUUUAUGUUGGCGAGAUAAUCCUGUUUUUGUCACUGUGAAAAUGUGUUUUUUUUUUUUGUAUCUCAUAUGUCCAGGAUAAUAAUAAAGAAGCAGUGUGCAAUA